AUGCGUGAAGCCAAAAUUGAGUCUUGUGUGCGAGCAGUGCCAUCGUUAUCGUCGUCGCCCCGCAGUGAUGGUGGUGGUGGUGGUGGUGGCGGGUACACAGCAGCCGAGGAGCUCGCCGCGCAGAUCGUUGAUUGUGCGAGCCUUUUGACAUGCGUGAACGCCGAGGAUGCCGUACGGUCCAUCCAGCCGCUCUCUCCGAGGGGCCGCACCGUGACGGCAUGUGUCUCGUGGCACACAACAGCAGCAGCACCAGAUGAUGUACGCUCCGUGAAGGUGCGCUUCAGUUACAGCGAGGCCUUUACAUGCCGCACAAAUUCCGGUAGUGAUCACGCCUACGAGUCGCUGAUGGCAUUACUGGUGGCAAACGGCUGCGGUGCCGCGGACGCUGUAAGAGGGCUGGUAUUGUGA